AUGCCGAGAAAUUAUAACACAUGGGCUAAAGCAUAUCAAGCUUUUUUAAAUAGUUCAGCUAUAUCAUUCUAUCUAAAAUCUAUAAUUUCAAAUAUAGAUUUAUUAUAUAGGUGUUCAGAAGAAACAGCUCUAAAUUGUGAACUAUGCAAAAGUGCAAAAAAUAACCUGAUUCUUACAAAAGCUUGUCACAUUGAUCAUUUGGUUUCUGGAUAUGAUGUAGUUGAUCAGUAUAAUUUUCUUGAUAAUGACAACUUAGAUGCACUUAAUGCUUCAGAAAAUUUUACUAUAUUUGAUUCAGCUGCUAUUAUUCAGUCUGGUCUGAAAGAUAUCAAAAUGAAAAAUAUUGAUCUUUUAGAAACUUUUGCAUCUGGUUUAAUUGAAGAGCAAAAAAGAGCUUAUUUUCUAAUAUGUGACCAUCAUCGAAAAAAUCAAAAAAUGUUUAAAUCUAUAUUAUCACAAUUGCUGCUUUAUCUUGGAGAUGCAGGAGGAACAGUUAAAUUCAGAGUUAUCAAAGCUGUUAUUGCUUAUUUUGAUUAUGUUUCUUUAUGUCAUACUCUUCUAGUAUUAGCACCUACUAGGAUUGCAGUUGCUAAUGUUUAUGGAAGCACUAUUCAUUCUGCAUGUGGUUUUGGCUUUAAUAAAAAUGGCAAAAAAUCAGCAACUUUAGCUAAAGAAACUUUACAACAACUUCAAGAUGUAGAAUAUGUUAUACUAGAUGAAUCAAAUGAUAACUCUGCACCUUUUGCUGAAAUAAAUAUAAUGUUUGUUAGUGAUUUUAUGCAAUUACCACCAGUUUUAGAUCCUGCUCUAUACCUACCAAAUAAUAUUACUCUCGUUUCUUCUAAUAAUUAUCAAGCUAAAACUGCCAAUAUCUAA